CAGCACUUCACGUGGGGUGAAAAGAGAAGGGUGGUCCAAGUUGCGAAACCUCUCAUGGAAGGUAUCUGAAUAUAUAAUCGAUGAAGUUUGUAGUCGUAGCUGCCUACGACAUGCCUGUUGUUCCGCAGACUGAUCAUAGUAGCAGUACUGUGUGUUCGCUCUCGCUCUUAUUACAAACAACUCUUCGAGGUUGAGGCCUCAUCUUUUAAUAGUACUAGAUGAAGUUUUCUACGUUGUCAGUAUGCAGCUGUGCCUGCACGCUCGCAGUUUGUCUUUCAUUUUGCAAUAUCUUCCUUGAUAUCUACCUCCUACGCACAUUUUUCAGGCGACAUUCCUGCUGGCCGUCCUUACGAGAUGAGCAAGGAGUCGAUGUACAAGGACACUGACAACUCCGGAUAUGGCUCGCCAAGAUCGCGGUCGCCGUCCGUCGCAUCGACUAGUCGCAGAGCACAGCAAAACACGAGGUUUAAGAGCCAUGACCCGUUCGAGGGACGCAAUGCGCGCGAUGAUUUCCAAGUGCAGAUGUUCGCAGGUCCUGGUAGUCAGUUUGGGCCCGGUCUUUUUGCGGGAUUAGGAGUUUACAGCUCGCCAAAGCGGAAAGAGAUCGUACAGCGCGAACUGCAGAUGGCGUUAGCACAGCAGAUGCAAGAGAAGCAGUUUCGCAAACAGAUAGAGCAACAGCGAGAGAGACAGGAGCAGGAGGCCUUGGACCGAAGAAUAGCACUCGAGCGGGAGGACAUCGUGCGAAAAUACGAGGAAGAGCAGGAGGGGAAGCGGGAUACUGGAGGUCGUGGCGAAG